AUGAAUGCGGUUGGCCUCGGAACCGCCGAAAGAACGAUCACGCUCCCCUUGUACGCGUGGGUCAACGUGUCGAAUAACGACAAGAUGCUCACUGUUUUGGCUCUACUAGACUCUGGAUGCUCAACAACCUUAAUCACGCAAGAAGUAGCCGAAUCUUUAAGACUGAACUGCAAGAUGGUACAAUGCCGACUAACCACCUUCCAUGGAAACGACCCGAAAAUACCAGUGAGUUCAUCUAGAUGCCGCAUUACACCUUGUGGGAAGGAGACACCAUCGUAUAACAUCUCACGCGUUUUUGUGGUGCCCAAAUUGAAAGUAUUUGACCUUUACGUUGACUGGCCGAGACUGAAGAGGAGAUGGCAUCAUCUUCACGCAUUAGACAUCCCCGCGAUCGAUACGAACCAAGUAGGCUGUUUCAUCGGAACCAACGUACCAAAGGCACUUCUGCAACUUGAAAACCGAACGUUAAGCGAGGAGGAUCCCGUCGGAAUAUUGACGCCGUUCGGUUGGUCUGUGAUCGGCGAGAUACCAGCUACAUGUAUGGGCGAACGACUGGAGAAUUGUCAAGCCUUGUCGCUUCGAGAGGACAGAGCCGACGAGGCCAUACAGGAGCUGUGGACGCCGGAAUCCUUCACGUCAAGAGCUGAGCGCCAGGCACACUCAAACGAGCAAGAAAAACGCGCCUUGAAGAUACUGGAGACAACCGUUCGUUACCUUGGCGACCGCUACGAGAUUGGGCUACCAUGGAAGGCGGACGACGUCUACCUUCUAAAUAAUCGUGGCAGUGCCCUCAGGAGGUUAUACGCAGCAGAAAACCGAUUCCGGCUAGAUGCGGAACACGGUCGUCGCUACACGGAAGCCAUCGAGGCAAAUAUGAAGAAUGGAUUUGCCAGGCGUUUGACGAAAACUGAACUCGAAGGUCCCGCCGGUAGGACGUGGUACGUGCCGCAUUUUUUGGUAAUUAAUCAAAACAAGCCGGACAAGCCAAGACUAGUGUUUGAUGCAGCCAGCCGACACAACGGCAUAAGCCUUAACGAUGCCUUGAUAAAUGGACCGUCACUGUUAACCGACCUUCAUGACUUACUAGUGAUCUUCCGCGAACGACCCUGUGCGGUCUCAAUGGACAUCGAAAAAAUGUUUCUCCAGGUGCGUGUUAAGGAGGAGGAUCAACCCGCAUUCCGCUUUCUGUGGCACCGCCCAGGCAGUAGCGGACCGCCGUUGGAAUACCAGAUGAUGGUCGAAAUAUUCGGUGCCGCCUCGUCCCCUACGUCAUGUGCGUUUGUUUUACGACAAACAGGAAAAGACAAUCCAGCCUACGGCGACGUUUCAGAAAAGAUCGUUUCCAAUUUCUACGUCGAUAAUUAUCUCGACUCGUUUGACGACAUCGCAACCGCAGACAGGACUUGUCAUCGUUUGACGGAGCUGCUAAAGAAAGGAGGCUUCAGAUUGACACACGUUAUGACCUCAUCGAUGGAGCUUUGGUCAUCUUUUCCUCCCGAAGAACGAGCUGGCCCGGAGUUGAAUGCCGACCUGGACGGACUACCAAUGGAGAAGACGCUUGGGCUUUUGUGGCGGGGUGAAUCUGACACCUUUUCGUUCACACUAAAUGUCGCACACGAAGCCACUAGUAAACGACAAAUCGCCAGCGCCGUCGCGAGUAUCUUCGAUCCACUGGGGAUUUUAGCUUGUGUGACCAUCGUAUUAAAAAUAAUCUUGCAAGACGUUUGGCGACUAGGAAAAGACGGGCGGCCCGGCAAAGAAGCGGAUUGGGACGAUGACCUACCAGAAUGCAUCAGAAAAAGAUGGCGCGCAUUUACGAAAACUUUAAAAAAUGUAGAAGAACUGCGGGUGAUGCGGUGUUUACGACCAGCUGACUUCCGACCGGAUGAAACAAGAUUCGAGUUGCACACCUUCACAGACGCCUCGGAACGUGCUUACGCAGCGGUGGUUUAUCUCAGGUCAGUGAGUGGAAGGCGAAUUCAUGUGAGCCACGUAACAGCGAGGUCAAAAGUUGCUCCACUCAGGCAGCAGUCAAUUCCACGUCUCGAGCUGCUGGGCGCCGUUCUUGGCUAUAGGCUGGCCCAACGCGCCAAGAAGACUUUAAGGAUUGAAAUAGCGACUAUGACGUGGUGGACCGACUCCACCGCUGUCCUACACUGGCUAAGAAGCGAAGCUACCUUUUUCCACGCCUUCGUAGCGAGCAGGAAGGAGGCCAUCCUCGACGAGUCAAGGGCCGGCCAAUGGCGCCAUGUACCCGGACGGACAAAUCCAGCAGACGACGGGACCAGGGGGGUCCAAGGAGACCGCCUAACUGCAUCUCAUCGAUGGAUCGCUGGACCAGAAUUCUUAAGGAUGGACGAGGAGGCCUGGCCAAAAAACUGCAUUAUUACACCAGAGACCGAAGACCUUGAAGAAAUUCACGCGAUGGUUAAUGUCAUCGACGUCGAUUUAGAACCAUGUCUUUCAGAAGCUAAGUCCCUGGCAAGCUUGGUGUGGGCUGUCGCAGACAGACGCGGGAGAAAACCAAACACCUUCGACGAAAACGAAUACAAGGCCGCAUGGAUCGCUUGCGUUCACAUCGCUCAAAGGGAGUAUUUCCGGCUGGAAUUUGCUGCAUUGGAGGCAGGCAAACCACUACCGAGAUCGUCGUCGCUCCUGAAAUUGGCACCGUCGAUCGAUAGUGCAGGAAUUCUAAGAGUCGGUGGACGGCUGAACAAUGCAGCUUUGAGUCACGAUGCUGCCCACCCGGUGAUCCUUUCCAACAAAGGACCUUUUACUCAAUUGAUCAUCCAAGAAGCUCACGAGCGGGUUCAUCACGCAAAGACUGAGCGUACUCUUUCUGAGGUUUUGUCGAAAUUUUGGGAAUUGGAACAAGGAGCGACCCGGAUGGCUGAACAACAAGAAUUUUCACGUCGUGGACAACUUAUCUCGAUCCAUAGCGCCACCGGGGAUGAUUUGGCGGCGGAGGAGAAUGAAUUGCGAGAGGCUCUCGACCGGAUGGAAAAAACUGGAGAGAUAAACAAGAAGAUGGCCGAAGAAGGAAUUAGCUGGACAUUUUCACCACCGCUGGCACCACACUUUGGAGGAGUAUGGGAGCGGCUUGUCCGCUCCGCCAAAACAGCCCUACGUGUCGUAUUGCGUUCAAAAACCGUAUCCGAAGAGGUUUUAACUACGCUAUUGGUGGAAGUGGAGGCCAUGAUGAACGCCCGUCCCCUUACUCAUCUGAGUGUCGACCCACGAGACAACAGCCCGAUGACACCCAAUCAUUUUUUGCUUCUUAGGGCGCACCCUCACGUACCACCCGAUGUCAUCGAAUAUUCCGGGAGUCUGUCGCGGCGAAGGUAUCUAGCUGCACAAGAACUGGCUGAAUUCUUCUGGAGGCGAUGGCUACUGGAAUAUGUUCCGGCCCUAACGGAGAGGAAGAAAGGCUGGACCGAAAAGCGCAGAAACGUACGAGUCGGGGACGUGGUACUUCUGAUCGAGAAAGACACCCCUCGAGGAGAGUGGCCCACCGGAAAGGUGACAGAAGUCAUUCCAUCCGGAACCGCGGGUGACGACACUAUACGGGCCGUACGAGUUCGGACGGAGAAGGGGGAAUAUUGGAGACCGGUGGUGAAGCUUUGUUUACUGAAAACGGUAGAAGAGGAAGAUCCCGAAGAAGUGGUGGACGGUGUUACGAAUCAAAAAGAUCCGUAA